AUGGCACAAUUGGAACCUAAUGGACUAUUUGCGAUGGUGGAACUCAACUACCAAGGGGUAUUUAAUCGAAAUCCUUUCUCUUACACUGGUGGUGUUAAAACCAUCUUCAAUGAUGUUGACUUUUCUUCUAUGACUUAUUAUGAGUUUGUGACCUUCUGCGAACGUUUCAUGCAUGAAGAGUGUAAAAAGUUUUACUACUGUGAACCAGACAUGUCCUUCAUGGAAGGCCUUAAUCCCAUUUCAGAUGAUAUGGAAUAUUCUGCUUUUAUUUUUGAUGCUUAUGGAACAGAUGGUGUAAUUUUGGUUUAUGUGGAUCAUAUUGGGGUUGGUGUUGAUGGGUGGCAUGAUGAUGAAGAUAAUGAUGAUGAUGAACAUGAGUCUGGUAUUGAUGGUGAAAAUGAAGACAACAUAGAUGAACUUAGAAAUGUUGCCUUUGAAUUUAAUGAGGAUGUAGUGCAUAUGAAUAGGACAUCAAAUGAUCCUUUCUUGAGUGUUUGUAAGGGAGAAUUGCUUUGUGCUAUUGGGAGGGAUGCAAAUGACAAGAUAUAUCCUAUUGCUUGGGCAGUGGUUAAUGUGGAGAACAAGCAGAAUUGGAAGUGGUUUCUAGAGCUUCUCAUUGAUGAUCUACACUUGAAUUUAGGCAAUGGUUUCAGUUUAAUGUCAGACCAACAUAAGGUUAGUAUUUUACAUAGUAAUGCAUUUAUGUUAAUUUUAGACUAUCUGAAUUUAACCUUUUUACUAAUACAUGGUUUGAUAGAGGCUGUUAAAGAGUUGCUGCCAUAUGUAGAGCACAAGCAGUGUGCUAGACAUAUUUUCCAGAAUUUGCAGAAGAGAUUUACUGGUGCCAUAUAUCAUACCUUGUUUUGGAGAGCAUCUAAAGCCACAACUGAGCAUGCUUUUAAAGUUUUGAUGAAAGAAAUUGAGACAUUGAACCCAGAAGCCCAUCAAUAUCUCAUGGAGAAAGAUCCUAAAACAUGGUCUAGAGCUUUCUUUCAAAUUGGAAGGUGUUGUGAUGCAGUUGAAAAUGGGUUCUCAGAAAGUUUUAAUGCUGUAAUAGUAGAUGCUAGGAAGAAACCCAUAAUAACCAUGUUAGAGGAGAUAAGAUUAUACAUGAUGGACAGAAUCUACAACAUGAAAUUAAAGGGACAACAAUGGGGAAAUCAUAUUUGUCCAGAGAUAAGGGAUAAGGUGAAUUUGCUUAAAAAAGCUCAAAGGCAUUAUCAGGUACUACCAAGUGGAUUAAACCAGUUUGAGGUAAGGGGAGCAAUAGAUGCAUAUGAGGUGGACUUAGAAAGAAAAACAUGCUCAUGUAGGUUGUGGCAAUUGAAUGGAUAUGGAUGUACUCAUUAUGUAGCUAGCAUAUCCUUUCUUAAUAGGGAUGUAGAAGCUUAUGUAGACAACAUGUUUAGCACAACCACAUUUGGAAAGGCAUACAAUUACAUAAUUACUCCCAUGAAUAGCAGUGACAUGUGGCCAGAGACAAACUAUACUCCACCAUUGCCUCCUAUUAAUAGAAGGAUGCCUGGUAGGCCAACUACUAAGAGGAAGAAAUCCACUACAAAGAAUACAGGAACACACAGGGUUUCUAAGACUAGAAAGAAAAUCAGAUGUAGUAUUUGCAAGGAGAUAGGUCACAACAAGGCCACUUGUCCACAACGAAGGCCCCAAAAGUUAAAUGUAAAGAAACAGAAGAAACAAAAAGUAUGUGUGAACCAAAAUGCAGGACAGGGUAGUACAGGUGAACCACAACAACAUGAAGAGGUUGAAAUGACUCCAAUUGAGAUGGAUACUACUCAAAAUGAUAUGCAAGUUGCUCCUACUGAUGUUGAAUCUAGUAGUGUAGGGGAUUUUAUUUAA